GCGAAGAUGCACUUGCGGCUCAGCAACAGACUCCGAAAGUCCAAGUGGUUUCUCGUACCUCCCUCGUACCUCUCGAGAAGAAUUACGGUGCUAACUUCAACCGCUGCUAACUAAUUAACCCUGAUUUUAUUUCUUCUUAAUUGAAUUUUUUAAAAAAUCUUCCUAAGGCGAGAGCAGGAUGAAGAACACCGGGAUGAGAUGGAAACUGCCACUGGUCUGCCUCCUGUGGCAACUGGCCAUGAUUAUACUCUACGGCGUUUUCAUCAGAUACGAUGAAGAAUCAGACGCGCACUGGAUCGAAACCAAGAGAAUCGAAAAUAUCACCAGCGAUAUAGAGAACGACUUCUACUUCAGGUACCCCAGCUUCCAGGAUGUCCACGUGAUGAUCUUUGUGGGAUUUGGCUUCCUGAUGACUUUCCUGAAGAGAUACGGAUUUGGAAGCGUCGGUUUCAACUUCCUCAUUGCAUCCUUCAGUAUCCAGUGGGCUCUGCUGAUGCAAGGGUGGUUUCAAUCCCUAGAUUUCAGUGAUGGCAAAAUCAAAAUCGGCGUGGAAAGUCUGAUUAAUGCUGACUUCUGUGCUGCUUCGGUGCUCAUCGCCUUUGGAGCCGUCCUUGGCAAAGUCAGCCCCGUGCAGCUGAUGGUCAUGUCGGUGUUUGAGGUGACCUUAUAUGCAGUGAACGAGUACAUCAUACUGAACCUUCUCGGGGCCCGGGACGCGGGUGGCUCGAUGGUUAUCCACAUGUUUGGUGCCUAUUUUGGACUGGCAGUCACUCGUGUUCUGUACAGGCCUCAGUUGGAUCAACGGAAGAAUGAAUCAGUCUACCAUUCAGACAUCUUCUCCAUGAUUGGCACUCUUUUCCUCUGGAUGUUCUGGCCCAGCUUCAAUUCCGCCAUCUCCCAUCACGGGGACGGGCAACACCGGGGCGCCAUCAAUACCUACGCCUCGCUGGCCGCCAGCGUCCUCACCACCAUCGCCAUCUCCAGCCUCUUAGGGAAGAAAGGGAAGAUCAACAUGGUCCACGUGCAGAACGCCACGCUGGCUGGGGGAGUAGCCAUGGGCACAGCCGGGGAGAUGAUGCUGACUCCGUACGGAGCGCUGAUUGUCGGAGCCAUCUCCGGGACCAUCUCUACGCUGGGAUUCCUCUACCUGUCGCCGCUCUUGGAGAAACACCUGCACAUCCAGGACACGUGCGGUAUCCACAACCUCCAUGCCAUACCAGGGUUGAUCGGAGCCAUCGUGGGGGCCGUCACAGCAGCGGCUGCCACCGAGGGUGUCUACAGCAGAGGAGGGGUAGAUCUUCUUCCUUUCCACAGACUGAUCGCUACUUUCGGUUUUGAGGGUAGAUUUGAAGGGCGGACCCCGAGUCAGCAGGGGGGGUUUCAAGCUGCAUCCCUGUGCGUCACGCUUCUCAUCAGCCUGGCCGGAGGCAUCAUUGUGGGUUUUAUUCUAAAAUUGCCCAUCUGGGGCGACCCACCUGAUGAAAACUGCUAUGAAGAUGAGGUGUACUGGGAGGUUCCAGAAGAUUCACUGUACACUGUCCUUGCCUCGAACCCACCUCCUUUGAAACCGAAUAGUAAUGGGAACAGUGAACCAUGACACCCAGAUGAUUGUGUGUCGAACAUUAUCAAGCCCUGACCAAGAGGGCGUUUUGUUAAUUACUUCUCUGCUCUCUCCACUACGCGAUGCAGACUCUUCAGGGAAAGCAGCGGACAAUUGCACGGACAUUCCAAGGGACUCGCGGGCGGUGGGCUAUCCCCCCGGCCCUUCUCUCCGUCUCUUCAGCCUGGGAGCACUUACUUUUACUGGAGUGCUGUCCUCUGGCUUUGAGUGUUUUGCUUUGUAACGAUUGCCCUAUUCAUUGAUAGAGCGCUGACUGCCACUGUCACGUCUCGUGCCUCUAUUCCCCUCGCCAUAGAGCAUAGAAACAGGCCCUUCGGCCCAACUCGUCCAUGCUGACCAAUAUGCCUCAUCUAAGCCCAUCCCAUUGCCCACAUUUGGCCUAUAUCCCUCUAAACCUUUCCUAUGUGUACCUGUCCAUGUGUCUCUCCUAAGCUGUUAUCUUACCUGCCCCAACGACCUCUCUGACACCUCACUCCAUAUACUGACCAUACACUGUGUGAAUAAGUUGCCCCUCAGGUUUGUAUUAAGUCUUGCCGCUUCCAUCUCAAACAUAUGUCCUCAUGUUUUUGAUUUUCCCUCAUGAUUGCAAUACACCUCUAUAAGAUCACCCCACAGCCUCCUGCACUCCAUGAAAUAAAGUCCUAGCCUGCCCAAGCUCUCCCUUUAGCUCAGGCCCUCGAGUUCUGGCAACGUCCUGGUAAAUCCUUUCCCUUUUCCCACGUGCUUCUCCUGCAGCCACUGGGUCUCGCUGGAACAGGUACUGUAUGACUGUCUCUCAGUCUCUCACUUCCGGGUCUUCAUACAAAGGCACGUGAGUGUCAGGAUCUCAUCCAGUGCCCUUCACCAGCUACAGAUGCCCCAAGCUGCCUGCAGGAGUUACAGCGCAGAAACAGGCCCUUCGGCCCACCAUGUCCGCGCUGACCAGCGAUCACCCUGUACCAUGGCACUAGUCUACACACUCAGGACAAAUUACAAUUUACAGAAGUUCUAGAAGCUCUAAAGAUUUUUUUUUUUGCAGCUGAUUAGUUUGACUUUUGUCUACCUUCGAUUUUCCAGCAUCUGCAGUUCCUUCUCAAACAUAGAACUAGUGUGAAUGGGUGACCGAUAGUUGGCGUAGAAUUGGUGGACUGAAGGGUCUAUUUCCAUGCUGUAGCUCUAAACUAAACUAAACUAAACUCGGCUGGAAGAGAACCUAAGUAAAGAUAGAUACAAAAAGCUGGAGUAACUCAGCAGGACAGGCAGCAUCUCUGGAGAGAAGGAAUGGGUGACUAUUUGGGUUGAGACCCUUCUUCAGAUGAGGAUCUAGGUAACGCAGCUGAUCAGAAGUAGGAGUGGAAGACUCUUAUAAUGAGAGGACUUGGUUGGAAGGGAUUGAUACAUCUCUUCAUGCAGAGUGGUGUUUUAUUUAAUUCCAACACAAUUCAAAAGCAAUUAAAUUUCCCUUAACGUUGCUGGAUCAACUUAUAAAUUUGAGAUCAGGUGGGGAAGUAAGGUUCACUCUUGUACAGCAAGUAAAAUCGUGAGUUAUAGAGUCAUGCAGGAUGUAAACAGGCCCUUCAGCCCAACUUGCUCAUGCUGACCUUACAGUAAUGCUCCAUCUAGACUGGUCCUACCUGAGUAGCGGAAACCGAGACUGCAUCAUUUGUCUUAAAAGAAGCAGAUUAUUUUCUCCAGUAAAAUGUAGCCUGGAUAAUAAAUAGAUCUGAAUUACGUGCACAGAGUCAGUAUUGGCAAUGGCAGCAGAUGCUCACCGAGAAUGAAUGGCAGGUAAAAUGUGGUCAAAAAGGCUUUUGGCACUUUGGCCUUCAUCAAUCAGAAUAAUGUCUAUAGACAUUGGGAGGUCAUGUUGCAGUUGUAUAAGACGUUGGUGAGACCGCAUUUAGAAUAUUGUGUUUAGUUUUGGGCACCAUGUUAUAGGAAAGAUAUUGUCAAGCUCGAAAGGGUUCAGAAAAGAUUUAGAAGGAUGUUGCCAGGACUAGAGGGUGUGAGCUGUAGGGAAAGGUUAAAUAGGCUGGGUCUCUAUUCCAUGGAGCGCAGGAGGAUGAGGGGAGAUCUUAUAGAGGUGUACAAAAUCAUAAGUGGAAUAGAUCGGGUAGAUGCACAGUCUUUUGCAAAAUAGGUCGGGUAGAUGCACAGAGUCUUUUGCAAAAAGUAGGGGAAUCGAGGACCAGAGGACAUAGGUUCAAGGUGAAGGGGAAAAGAUUUAAUAGGAAUCCGAGGGGAUACCUUUUUCACACAUAGGGUGAUGGGUGUAUGGAACAAGCUGCCCGAGGAGGUAGUUAAGGCUGGGACUAUCUCAUAUUUAAGAAACAGUGAGACAGGUACGUGGAUAGGACCAGUUUGGAGGAACAUGGACCAAGCGCACUCAAGUGGGACUAGUGUAGCUGGGACAUUGUUGGCCGGUGUGGGCCAGUUGGGCCGAAGGGACUGUUUCCAACCUGUAUCACUCUAUGACUCUAUGUCCACUCUUCUGGGUUUUCCCCACACGCAGCCUAAAGGAGAGUCCAGUUGAUGUGGAAACCGAUCAGUUCCCUGAGUCCAAGAGUCACCUCAUCCACUGCAAGCAUCAGCAGUGUUAAAUACAGAGGUUGGUGGGAACUGCACUGGAAAGUGGAAGGCCCAAAGAAACUGCAGAUGCUGGAAUCUGGAGCAAAAAACAUAACACUGAAGGGUCUCGAACAGAAACGUCACCCAUUCCUUCUCUCCAGAGAUGCUGCCUGUCCCGCUGAGUUUCUCCAGCUUUUUGUGUCUAUCUCAAAGUACUGGUGGAGCUCAGUGGUACAGGCAGCAUCUGUUGAGGGAAGCACAGUGUGAUACAGCAUGGAAACAGGCCCUUUGGCACAACUCGCCAUUGCCAACCAAAAUCCCCAUCAAAGCUAAUACACUGCCCAAGUUUAGCCCAUAUUACUUCAAAUCUUUCCUACCCAUGUACCUGUCCAAAUGCCUUUUAAAUGUUGUUUGGUUUUAGUUUAGUUUAGAGGUACAGCGCGGAAACUGGCCCUUAGGCCCACCGAGUCCGCGCCGACCAGGGGUCCCCGCAUAUUAACACUAUCCUACACACAGUAGGGACAAUUGUUACAUUUACUAAGCCAAUUAACCUAUUGUACAUACCUGUACGUCUUUGGAGUGCAGGAGGAAACCGAAGAUCUCGGAGAAAACCCAUGCAGGUCACGGGGAGAACGCACAAACCCCGUACAGACAGCACCCGUAGUUGGGAUCGAACCUGCAUCUCCGGCGCUGUAUUCGCUGUAA